UGAUGAUUAUUGUUUCAUACAAUAUAUUUUAUUUGUUGUUUGUAAUUGAAGUCGAUGUAUUGUGUAUUGUUACUUCGUGCAUAUUUUAUCAAACGUUAUGAUAUUUAAAAGAUUUUAAAAUACAGUAUUUGUUUUGAGACCUGUUUGGAUUAGGUAUCCCAUAAAUAAGAUGAGUGAAUCAUGCGUGGAGACCCCUGAAGCGCCGGCUUGGUUAUCUAAAUUGGAGAGUCAGAGAGAAAAAUUAAGUAAAGCAAGAUUAGGUCACGAUAGUGGCGCGGGAGCUCCCUGCAAUUCUUGCGGAACGUCGUGUCCUGGGCUAGAUUUACAUUUCUGGCGUAAGGUUUGCCGAGCCUGUCAUUGUAGUAAAGACGUACAUGAUGUUCAAGAUGAUGAUCUAUCUGGGUGGGCUCAAUUUGAGCUGUUGGGAACUGCGAAACCUAAAAAGGCUUCCCUGCCUCUUAUAAAAAUUCGUGGAGUCACCGAUAAGCCUGUUAAACUCGAUUGGGUACCACCUAACGCUUCCACUGAAUUGGUAUCGGAAUACAUGUCGUGCCUGGGCCCGCUCGCGCCCGUGUCGGGCUCGGAGGCGGCCCGCAAGCGGCGCGCGCAGCUCCGCACGCAGCUGCCGCCACACGACGUGGCGCCCGCCGCCAGGCACCACGCCACGGACCAGGAGAAGUCGGAGCACACGGAGUACAUCUCUCGUAUCAAGUAUCAUGUCGUGGGUAUGGGUAAUGUUGUGAGAGUGGGACCGCUGCAAAGUGCUGAAAUAUGCUCGGUCGAAAAUAGCAAAGUUCACACAGCACCCAAAUCGUACGCGCUACCAUUGAAGAUAUCGAAUAUAUCUCGUGGUGUAAAAUACAACAUAGUACCGAAAAAUGCUUCUGAUAAAAAACUCGUUUUGGACUCUCAGGGCAAUGUAGUAAGCAGUGCUGCUAAUUUACCAGAUUAUAAGUCUAGCCCCAUUUUGAGUCGCAUUGUUAAAGAUAAGCUUCAUGUUAUGAAAAUCGAGUCUGAUCGUAUCAAAAGUGCAGUAGAACAUGGCCCGGUAUAUGACAAACUCUUAAAGAACUUGAAUGAUCUCAAUAUGUCAGUAACUAACGAUGUCUACUUACAACCGAUUAAACUUUUCCGUGAUGAGUACAACAAGAACCCCCAAUUCAAAGAAGAAGUCAACGAGUUUGCGUCAAAGGCUUUGGGGACUCAAAUUAUACCAGAUCUGUUGACUGUCACUAACAAUAACGUUAUGGGAACUGCUAAACUACUUGAUAGCAGAUUACAGAAAGGCACAAUUUUUGCGCCAAAUGGAGAGAUAUGGAGCUGGAAGCAAGAACCAGUAACUCCAGAACAUAGUGGCACUAUAUGUUCCACAAAGAUCAGUCCCCAAUAUUCAACCACAACUAAGCCGCCUAAUCAAGUAGAACCUCAACAAACUGCUCCCUUGAGAGAAUAUCUGAGGACUCAUUCUGAAGAGGAUCUUCCUCCUCCACCACUCCCUAAUUACAAUACACACCCAGGAAACUUAACCCCACAAACAUUCAAUGACAAUUCCCAACUUUCUGACAUUCCUGUACAAGUUAGUAACUAUGCUGAACAGCUUGAUCCUAUUCUCACGCAAUUCGCUGAUAUAUCUCUUAGUCCAGCUGAAUUAGAGUUUAAUAGAAAACUCUACAAUGAAGGAGUGCCUUGUCAGCGUUGUCAGAAACCAAUGUUUGCGGGUGAAGUCGCUGUUAAGGCUGAAAGAGCUGGACAGGAGUCUAUAUGGCAUCCUCAAUGCUUCACCUGCUGUAAAUGCGGCGAGCUGUUAGCGGAUCUCGUGUACUUCUACUACAAAGGGGAAAUAUAUUGUGCCAGAGAUUUGGCUAAUGUUCUCGAAAUACCGCGCUGUGCUGGGUGUGAUGAAUUGAUUUUCACUCGACCCUACACAGCCGCAGAAGGCAGAGCCUUCCAUGUGCAACAUUUUUGUUGCUAUCACUGUGAUGCACCUCUUGGUGGAAAGAAAUAUGUGCCAGAUGAUAAAACUGGCUUACCUAUUUGUUUGCAAUGUUAUGAUCAAUUUUAUGCAGAGCGCUGCCGAGCUUGUGGUGGUGUGAUAGGCCCUGAACAGCAAGGUGUGUCGUGGAGUAAUAUGCAUUGGCACGCUAACUGCUUCAUAUGUUCAGGCAGAAUGUGUGGUAAAAGUUUAUUGAGUGGCCGCUUUGUUGUUAAACAGGAAAUGCCUUUUUGUAGUGUGCCUUGUGUACAGAGUAGAAUUAAGUGAAAUAAUAGUAUUAUUCAUAUAUUAUCUCUUAUAUAGAAGUAUUAAAUUGUGUGACAUCUAUUUUUAUAUUAAAUAAAUGAUAUCUUUGCAUGACAUUUAAAUAUAAGAUUUAUAACUUAUCAACUUUUGAAUUGUUUCCUUUUUAACAGUUGGUUACGAAUAUGUUUUGUUUACAUUGUGAAUGUUGACUUGUAAUAUUUCAUCAAAAUAAAUUUAGAUUUUAAUGAAAUGAUCAAAAAUCAAAAUUUUAUGCUAUUUUUUGAACAUACAUGUUAGUGGUUAUAUUCCUAAGUAAAGUGAUCAUUGACCAUCAUAAUUAAAAUGAAGUCGGUUAACUUUGUUCACAAGUUCUUGUGAACAAUGUACUUGAAGUAGGCUUUCAUCGAACUAUUUGUAAAAUCUUAAAUUGUAUCCUGUGUUUCAGUAAAAUUUAUGGUAUAAAUUUAAAAUAUCUAACUGUUAAAAAAGAAAAUAAUUUAACUGCCAGAGUUUAUACUAGAAUUUAGUAUUUAUUAAUAUUUAGAGGACUGAAUAGUGAUUUUUUUACACUUAGUAUGUAAGCAUGGGGACCAUAUUUUAAAUUGUAAGAUAAUUGAAUUUACAAAAUAUAAAACAUUAUAUUAAAAAAUAUAAAACACUAUAUUAUUCAUAAAAAAGAAAAAGACCAUAUUCAAUUUACAAGUUUAUUAUUUAUAAAAAGU